AGUACUUUAUCCUUGUGUGUGCCAGCCCAUGUGAGGGUGUGUCCAGCGCGUCGACCUUCCACUUCCAUUGUCCGUUGUGCGAACACAUCUGGUCGCAGAGAGAGACGUUUGUGGCUCACCUCAAAGUGUGCAGCCCUCAGAGCAUGCCACAUCGGUCACGAGAAAUAAAGAUUGUUGGAGCAGAGAUGAAGAAGAAAUCAGCCAAAGGUGCAGAAAGUUUUGAGGUCAUCACGCAGGAAGAUGAAACAGUUUGUUUGAGUGAUGACUUGUCAACUGUCCAUAGUCAGCUGGAAGACAGACUUGCAUCGACAGAUGCUCACUUCCCAGCUGAUCGAGGUGAAGGAGAAAAGUGUGAAAUUGAGAAAGCAGAAGACACAGAGAAAGUUACAGAGAAGAGUCAGAGUCAUCUUGACAUAGGAGUCGCAGUUACGUCAGGAGUCACCGAGACAUUAGAGAGUCAUAACCCAUGUGUCCAAGCCUCGUCAACUAAAGCUUUGUGUACCUCAUCAUUGGAGCUCAGAGACUCACUAGGAAAAUGUUCAACUGGCAGUUCUGAUGAGGCAGAGAGUUCAGAGGUCAAAAGAGACAGCACUGGAGGUACUGCUGGUGCGGAUGUGGAAAGGUCUGCAGAUGUUGCUGGGUCCCCCAGGACUUCUCCUUCUGGUGUUUGUACUGGAGAAGGUCACAAACGAGGAGAGGAGGAGGAGGUGGAUGAAAUAUUGACAGAGCAAGGGUUAGACUCAUCAGAUAGUUCGCUCAAACGUUAUGCAACUCGCGGCGUUAAACUGGAUUUUUCUGCUGUUAAUUCUGGGAAGUUGACGUUGACACGAGGUAAAAGCAAAAGCAGUCAAAAUUGGAAAGGGAAAACAGCUCAUGGCGAAAGUGUUGUAAGGGGUGCUAGGAGGCAGACUUCCAAGACAUUGUCACGUAGAAAAAAGGUGUUGUUGACAAGCAGUUGUGCUUCAGCUCUUUGCGAUGCUUUUGAUCCAAUGGUGAAAAAAUCAUCUGAUUCUGCUAGUGUGUAUAGCAGUACUUCUACAAAGUUGACACAAAUGCAGCCCAAGUUUUCAACAACAAGCAAUGACCAGGUCCAGAUAUCCUCCAAGAGGUCAAGGAAAUCUAUCCACACCAUUGGGAACAAGAAAGUGACUAUUUCUGAGGGAGCUCAACAAAGCUUGAACAAUUUGUGUGAGAAUUCUUCAGUGGAUGGGAAUGUUGUAAGCAAGAGUAUGCCCUAUUUCCCCAAGGUGGUAACGUUAGAUAAGUCUUUACGACCCGGCAAGAGGGGAAAGGUUUUGAGUCAUCAGACCAAUAUAUUGGCACGUAGUGAGCUGACAGAUUCAGCAGUUUGGGAAAAAGAUGGUGAGAAGGGCACUCUUGUUGAGUCGGCUCAGGUCUGCACUUGUGGCUCGUUGGUUUGUUCAACACUGGCCUCUGCUGAGAGAGCUAAGAGUCUGCAAAUAGGAACUGAUUGUGAGAAGACUGGUCUUCUCCCUACAACAAAAAUGUCUGACUUAUAUGAUGUGGCUACAACAAAAAACUCUAAAUUAUGUCAAGUACCAUUUGCCAGUCCCCACUUUCCAAAAGACAGACUUGUCCAGAGUAAUGAGUCUGGAGAGAGGCAGUGUGCAAUGACAGACGUACAGAAGGAUGCUGAUGUGGAGGACAAUCAGGACAAUAGGACGUUGCCUCAGACAACAGAGGACUCUGUGGCCUGUCCUCAGUGUCGGAGGGCAUUCCUCGUCCAAGCCCAGUUGGAUUAUCACCUGAGCUCGUGUCACAUGACCCCUGACCAAACACCUGGCUUAACCUGUCGGCUGUGUGGCCUGGUGGCUCAGUCCCACUUUGAGAUGGUUGCUCACCGAGCGGGACAUGGGCCGCAGGAGUUCUCGUGUCGCUUCUGCCACAAACAGUUCCGCUCCGAGGCGUACUUAAACAUUCACAUAUCAGCUCUUCACACAAAAUCUCAGGCGUGUACGUGCUGGCAGUGCGGAAAACGCUUCAACCACCCGCGCUACCUCCGGAGCCAUGCAAAGCGACACACAGGAGAGAAGCAUCACGUGUGUAAGAUCUGCGGCUUUCGAUUUUUCGAGGCUCAUGCGCUGCGUCGACAUGAGGAGACCCACAAGCACAAGACGCAACGGCAGUACGCGUACAUUUGCAGCAAGUGCCACGCAGGGUACAACAACAAGACCAACUUUGUGGACCACAUGAACAAACACACGGGAGAGAAGCCAUACGCCUGCCCGCAGUGCGACAAACGAUUUGCCUACAGGAGUAUGCUUUCACGACACAAAGUCUACGCUCACUCUAGUGCUCGACCAUUUUCCUGUGAGUUUUGCGCUAAGAGUUUCAGGUUCAAUUCCUCGCUGGCUGAACACAGAGUCCUCCACACAGGGGUGAGCAGAAACGUGUGUGGCAGCUGCCAGAAAGCUUUCGGGGCAAAGUCUUCGCUGAGGCAACACCAGAAACGAUGCCGCUUUAGAGAACUCUUGAUUUCCAGUCAGACCAAUUUAGGUUCAGACAGCACGAUGUCUGAAUGCGGGGCCAGUCUACAAAGUAUCAAUCAUGUUUAUGUUGAAAAUUCUUUGACAGCUUGCACACUACAGAGAGAGUUAAUGUUUGGUUCAGCUAAAGAAAAUCCUUGUCCAUCUCAACUGAAUGAAGUAAUUGUGCCCAGAGACAGUGGAGAACUUUUACUUCAACAGAGGGAAGCGUCGGCACCACAGCACAGCCAAGUAAUUUUACCUCAACAGAAUGAAGUAAUUUUACCUCAACAGAGAGAAGUAAUUUUAUCUCAACAGAAUGAAGUAAUUUUACCUCAACAGAGAGAAGUUAUUUUACCUCAGCAGAGAGUAAUUUUACCUCAACAGAGUGGUAGUGUUACAGAACAGACUGAAGUUCUUAUACCUCAACAGAAUGAAGUAAUUUUACCUCAACAGAAUAGAGCAAUUUUACCUCAGCUGAAUGAAGUACUUGUAGAGAGCAAUUUUGAAGAAGCUACAGUUUCUAGCAAAGUUGUGCUUCCCUUACAACCUUCAGGCACUGAUCGCAAUGUGGUAGAAGGACUUUCCUCUAACUUAACUCCACCGACCCUAGCUGGGGCUACAGAUGGUUUAUUUUUUACUGACUCUGCGUCGUCUAAGUUGUCCUCUACGGAUGUGGUGAUCGACUUUGUCCAGCAGCAAAAUGCCGGCCCAGCGUCCAUGGCAGACAACGCAGCAGUGUCUGGUCAAGAACUUCCUCAGUCUGAUAUCGUGGAGAGUGACUACUUCAUCUGCAGCGGUUGUGACUCUGUGUUCGAUUCCCUCGCUGUGGCUCAGGCUCACCUUCUUUUGGGUAAAUGCUCAUCUCCAGACACAGCUGCUCCCACCGGUGGGGUUCCGCAUAAGCCUCAGAGUCAAAGUGGGUCCACAGAAGUGUCAGCUACUUCGGAGAGUUUGCUUUUUGAGGCUGGUGCUGCGGAGGAGUCAAGCACUCUUAGUGCUGCAAGAGAAACCGAAGCACUCUGUCCACAGUCUGUGCCGGAUAAUGCGGAUUGCCAGAGGUUGCAAGAGGUCACGGUGUUGGAUAAUGCAGAACAUCAGAGUCAGAGUUCACAAGAGGUUGGAGCAGGCGUAGCAUCUCUUGUUCUUCCUUCGUGUGUUCAGAUUCGAACAUCAGACCCUAGUGUGCUUCAGGAAAUUGUUUACACUACUACUACACCAACAGAAGUAGACCGUUUGGAAAACUCUGGUUUAGCUUCUGAUGAGCAGGUGAAGAUGAGCAGAGCGGAAAUACUGAGUUCAAGGUCACCUUCCACAGGAAGUGGUCAGGUGUUCCAAGUGUCAUCAGAUGGUGCCGAGCAGAUCCAGGAAGUGUAUGUCCUGCCUGGCGAGUCCCAGGAGGGCAUCAUGGAGCUGGUGAAAAAGUUUGCCCAGCAGGAAGGAGUUGGCACCAUGCAGAUUGUCAUACAAGAUCUACCGCACGGAUAAUGUAAUGUCUGGCAGAUUAUACAGUUGAAAUUGUCCGAGACGGCCUCAUUGUUGAGGAGAACAGUGGUUGUCUUAGGGACCGUUCGCAAAUGAUGU